AUGAAAAUAAUAGAAUAUCUUUUAAGUAAAGGCGUUGAUAUCAAUCAAACAAAUAUAUUUGGAGCCACAGGUUUAUUCAUUGCUUGCCAAAAUGGAAAUUUAGAUCUCAUUAAAUUUUUGAUUGAUAGAGGUGCAGAUCCGAAUAAAAAUAUGAGGGAUGAAUCUUCUCCAUUAUUCAUUGCAUGCCAAAAUGGAUAUUUUGAAAUUGUCAAAUACUUAUAUCAGAAAGGUGUAGUUCUUAAUUAUCAAAACGAGCAGGGAGAAACACCUCUUUAUGUUGCUUGUUUGAAUGGUUUCAAAAAUAUUGUAUAUUUUUUGAUACAUAAAUAUGCAAGAACCGAUUUAGUUACAACUCAUAAGGAAUCAUUAAUUCAUGCGAUUUCAUAUAAAGGUUACUCUGAAAUAUUAUCACUCCUUCCAUAUUCAAUUGAUGUCAAUUUACAGAAUGAAAAUGGUUCCACAGCAUUAUAUAUUGCAUGUCAAAAUGGACAUAAAGAUUUAGUUAAAAAAUUAUUGCAAAAUCCUUCAAUUGAAGUUGACAAAAUGAGCAAUCAAAUAACACCUCUUUAUAUUGCUUGCCAAAAAGGUCAUACAGAUAUUGUUGAUCUUCUUCUUUCCCAUCAUGCCGAUCCAAACACACAAACAAAUAGUAAUUCAACUCCAUUAUAUGUUGCUUGCCAAAAUGGACACACAGAAGUUGUUAAACUUCUUCUUGCCCAAAGAGAUAUCAAAAUUAACACUCAAAGAAAUGAUGGUUCAACGCCCAUUAUGGUAGCAUGUAUGAAUGGACAUAAAGAUAUUGUUGAACUCCUUGUUAAUCAACAUGCUGAUCCAAAUAUUUCUUUUGGAAAUGGGUAUUCACCAUUAUAUAUUGCAUGCCAAAAUGGUUAUGCAGAAAUUGUCAAAAUUUUACUUAACAUAUCGAAUAUUGAAAUCAAUAAAAAACAAGCUAAUGGAUCGACUCCUCUUUAUAUCGCAUGCUAUAAAGGACAUACAGAAAUUAUUGAACAACUUCUUGCUCAUCAUGCAGAUCCAAAUAUUCUUUAUGGAGAUGGAUUGACACCUUUGUUUGCUGCAUGUUAUAAUAAUCAACAAAAUGUUGUUUGUAUCUUACUAAAACAACAAAAUCUCAACAUUAAUUCACAACGAAAUAAUGGAUCAACAUCUCUUUUUGUUUCAUGCGAACGCGGUUAUCAUGAACUUGUCAAGCUUCUUCUUUCUCACCAUGCAGAUCCAAAUAUUCCGUUUAAUGAUGAAUCAACUCCUCUUUUUGUCGCAUGUCAAAAUGGACAUACAAACAUUGUUAAAAUAUUAUUGAAACAAUCAAAUCUCAACAUCAAUGCGCGACGAAAUAAUAGCUCAACAUCUCUUUAUGUUUCAUGCGAACGCAGUUAUCAUGAACUUGUUCAACUUCUUCUUUCUCACAAUGCAGAUCCAAAUAUUCCAUUUAAUGAUGGAGCAUCUCCACUUUAUAUCGCAUGUCAAAAUGGACAUACCAACGUUGUUAAAAUAUUAUUGGAACAAUCAAAUCUCAACAUUAAUGCUCAACGAAAUAACGGUUCCACAGCAUUUUAUAUUUCAUGCCAAUAUGGAUUUAAAGAUAUUGUUGAACUUCUUCUUUCUCAUCAAGCCGAUCCAAAUAUUCCAUUACAAAAUGGCACAACACCAUUUAUAAUCGCAUGUGAGAAUGGCCACUCAGAAGUAGUUCAAUUUUUGUUAGAACAAACGAAUGUUAACAUUAAUGCACAAAAUAAUACUGGCUCAACAGCACUUUACAUGUCAUGUCAAAAUGGUCAUAAAGAAGUUGUUAAACUUCUUCUUUCUCAUCAUGCAGAUCCAAAUAUUCCAUUCAAAACCGGUGAAACACCUCUUUAUGUUGCAUGUCAAAAUGGUCAUACAGAUGUGGUUAGAAUCUUAUUGGACAAACAAAAUAGCUUUAUAAAUGCACAAAAUAAUAAAGGCGCCACCCCUUUAUUUAUUGCUUGCUUUAAUAAUCACGCAGAAGUCGCUAAGUUACUAAUAUUAUUUAAUGCAGAUCCAAAUAUUUUAUACCAAGGUUCACUAUCUCCUCUAAUGAUUGCAUCUCAAAACGGAAAUUUAGAAAUUGUAAAAAUCCUUCUUGAUAGUCCAAUAAUUGACAUAAAUAAAUAUGGUGAUAACGGUGCAACUCCUCUAUAUAUUGCAUGUGGCAUGGGACAUACAGAUGUGGUGAAAGUUUUAUUAAGUCAACAAAAUAUCGACAUUAAUGCACAGAAUUCUUUAAGUCCAUCAGCACUCUAUGUAUCAUGUCAACUAGGCCAUAAAGAAAUUGUUGAAAUUCUUCUUGCUCAUCAUGCUGAUCCAAAUAUUACAUAUGGAGAUGGGGUCACACCAUUGUUUAUUGCAUGCUUUAAUAAUCGCCUAGAUGUAGUUCUUGUUUUAUUAAAUCAACCAAAUAUCAAAAUUAACUAUCGGCGCAAAAAUGGCUCGACUUCUCUUUUUAUAUCCUGCCAACAAGGAUAUCCUGAUAUCGUUAGCCUUCUUCUUUCAUAUAAUGCAGAUCCAAAUAUUCCAAUUAGCGAUGGAACAACUCCACUUUUUAUUGCUUGUCAAAAUGGAAAAACAGAAGUUGUCAAACUUUUAUUAAAAUAUCCAAAUCUCAACAUCGACUAUCAACGAGACGAUAAAGCAACAGCAUUUUAUAUAUCGUGCCAAAAUAGAUUGCAAGAAAUAGCUGAACUCCUACUUGCGCAUGGAGCAGAUCCAAACAUUCCAUUCAUAGAUGGAACAACUCCUCUUUAUUAUGCAUGCCAAGAAGGCAAUACUGAAAUUGUCAAGAUCUUAUUAAACAAUUCAAAGACCGAUAUUAAUAAAACAUGUAAUAAUGAUAUUUCUCCUCUUUAUACUGCAUGCCAAAAUGGCCACAUUGAAAUUGUUAAAAUAUUAUUAAAUCAGCCAAAUAUCAACAUAAAUGCUCAAAACGGCAAUGGAUGGAACCCUCUUUGUAUUUCAUGCCAAUGCGGUCAUAAAAGUAUUGUUGAACUUCUACUGAGCCAUCAUGCUGAUCCAAAUAUACAAAUAAUAGAUAGAAUGACACCUUUGUUUAUUGCAUGUCGAAAUAAUCAACAAGAUGUUGUUCGUGUCUUAUUAAAUCAACAAAAUCUCAACAUUAAUGCUCGCCAAAAUCAAGGUGCAACUUCUCUUUAUGUUGCAUGUCAACUUGGUUAUCACGAACUUGUUCAACUUCUUCUUUCAUACAAUGCAGAUCCAAAUAUUCCAUUUAAUGAUGGAACAUCUCCACUUUAUAUCGCAUGUCAACAUGGGCAUACAAACGUUGUUAAAAUCUUAUUGGAACAAUCAAAUCUCAACAUUAAUGCUCAACGAAAUGACGGUUCCACAGCGCUCUACAUAUCAUGCCAAAAUGGCCACAAAAAGAUUGUUAAACUUCUUCUUUCUCAUCACGCGGAUCCAAAUAUUCCGUUACAAAAUGGUAAAACUCCAUUAGAUACUGCUUCUGAAAAUGGUCAUCAUAAUAUUGUUCAAAUUUUAUGUAACCUUGAAAUUAACAAUAAUGGCACAGAAUCACUACAUGCCAGUGACAAAAAACCUAUCAAAUCAACUGAUACCUCACAAAGCAAAAAGCAUGCUGCUAAAACAAAUGAACUUAAACCACAAAUUGUCUCGAAAGCCGAGGAUGAAAGUCAAUUGCAGACAUCCUCAGAUGAAAAAUUGUGA